GGAGAACAUAAGACUCAUGGAGUGAGAUGGCCCCCUGCGUGUGGGUCUUGCCUUUCUCUGAGGCUAAGUCCGAAUUUCCAAUGUUCCCAGUAACGAGAGGCUCGAGGGUGUUGGUUGGACUUAGACUGUGCGCGCGCCGGAAACAGCGGAGCCGACCGCCAUCUUGGCCUUUUGACUCCAUUUUCGGACUACAUUUCCCAGCGGCCCACAAGGGUGCAGGGUUGCCCCUCGGUCCGCUUGUGGGACCCUCGGCCUUGGGGCAAGAAAAGAACAAGUGGAGUGACCCUCGGUCCUGCACGCGGGGUUGUGCUACUCCGUCGCAUCUGUGAGUGUCUGAGUGGACUGUCCAGGCUAGUCCGGAGUCCUGAGCCGGUUGCGGCUCUUCUUAGAGACAUCCCUACAAGAGAGAGGAAUGGCUGCUGGUCAAGCUAAAUUCAAGGGAUCAGUGGUAUUCAGUGAUGUGGCCAUAGACUUCUCUCAGGAAGAGUGGGAAUGCCUGGACUCAACUCAGAGGAAUUUAUACAGAGAUGUGAUGCUGGAGAAUUACAGCAAUCUGGUGUCAAUGGGAUUUUAUAUUCCUAAACCUCAAGUUAUCUCUUUACUGGAACAAGGGAAGGAGCCCUGGAUGACUGGCAGAGAGCUGACAAGAGGCCUGUGUUCAGAUCUGGAAUCAAUGUGUGAAACCAAGCUAUUAUCUCUAAAGAAGGAACUUUAUGAAAUAGAAUCAUGCCAGAGGGAUAUAAUGGGAUUUUCAAAGCAUGGCAUUGAGUACUCCAAUUUCAAAGAUGUUUUGGAAUAUAGAGGCCACUUUGAAAGACCACUGGGAUAUCAAAAUGGGCAGUUUGGCCAAGAAAUUUUCACUAGUGAAUACAUGCCCACAUUUAUUCAACAGACAUAUUUUACUCUGCAUCAAAUAAUUAAUAGUGAAGAUAAACCCUAUGAAUGUAAGAAGUGUGGAAAGGUCUUUAGCCAGAAUUCACAAUUUAUUCAGCAUCAGAGAAUUCAUGUAGGUGAAAAGUCUUAUGAAUGUAAAGAAUGUGGAAAAUUUUUUAGUUGUGGCUCACAUGUUACUCGACAUCAGAAAAUUCAUACUGGUGAAAAACCCUUUGAAUGUAAGGAAUGUGGAAAGACCUUCAGUUGUAGCUCUUACCUUUCUCAACAUCAAAGAAUUCACACUGGUAAGAAACCUUAUGAAUGUAAAGAAUGUGGGAAGGCCUUUAGUUACUGCUCAAAUCUUAUUGACCACCAGAGAAUCCACACAGGUGAAAAGCCUUAUGAAUGUAAAGUAUGUGGGAAAGCUUUUACUAAGAGCUCACAACUUUUUCAACAUGUGAGAAUUCAUACAGGUGAGAAACCCUAUGAAUGUAAGGAGUGUGGCAAAGCUUUCACUCAGAGCUCAAAACUUGUUCAGCAUCAGAGAACUCAUACUGGUGAGAAACCCUAUGAAUGCAAAGAUUGUGGCAAAGCUUUUAGUAGUGGCUCAGCACUUACUAAUCAUCAAAGAAUCCACACAGGUGAGAAACCCUACGAUUGUAAGGAAUGUGGGAAAGCUUUCACACAAAGCUCACAACUUCGUCAACAUCAGAGAAUUCAUGCUGGUGAGAAACCCUUUGAAUGUCUCAAAUGUGGGAAGGCUUUUACUCAAAACUCACAACUUUUUCAACAUCAAAGAAUUCAUACAGAUGAAAAGCCAUAUGAAUGUAAUGAAUGUGGAAAGGCCUUUAAUAAAUGCUCAAACCUUACAAGACAUCAAAGAAUUCACAGUGGGGAGAAGCCCUACAAUUGUAAAGAAUGCGGGAAGGCCUUCACUAGUGGCUCUGAUCUCAUUCAUCAUCAGCGAAUUCACACAGGUGAGAAACCUUAUGUUUGCAACCAAUGUGGAAAAGCCUUCCGUCAAAAGACAGCACUUACUCUUCAUGAGAAAACACAUAUAGAAGGGAAACCUUUUAUUUGUAUGGACUGUGGUAAGUCUUUCCGUCAAAAAGCAACUCUAACUAGACAUCACAAAACACAUACAGGGGAGAAAGCCUAUGAAUGUACACAAUGUGGAAGUGCUUUUAGAAAGAAGUCAUAUCUCACUGAUCAUCAGAGAACUCACACAGGAGAGAAACCAUAUCAAUGUAGUGAAUGUGGGAAAGCAUUUAUACAAAAGACAACCCUCACUGUACAUCAAAGAACUCACACAGGAGAGAAACCUUACACUUGCAAUGAAUGUGGGAAGUCCUUCUGCCAAAAGACAACUCUCACUCUCCAUCAAAGAAUUCAUACAGGGGAAAAGCCCUACAUUUGUAAUGAAUGUGGGAAGUCUUUUCGCCAGAAGGCAAUACUCACUGUCCAUCAGAGAAUACAUACAGGUGAGAAAUCCAAUGGUUGUUCUCAGUGUGGAAAAGCCUUUAGUAGGAAAUCAAACCUCAUUCGUCAUCAGAAAACUCACACAGGAGAGAAACCAUAUGAAUGUAAAGGAUGUGGGAAGUUCUUCAGUUGUAGGUCAAACCUCAUUGUUCAUCAGAAAACUCACAAGGUAGAAAUCACAGGAAUUCAGUAACAGAUGUGGAUUUUUUUUUUUGGGGGGGGGAAACACAAACUUUUACAGUAAACCCUGAUCAUACUUCAUCUUGCAACUGAAAUAUUAUUCAACAGUUAAAGAUGCUUUACCACACAUUUAUCUAUUCUUUGCUAGUCUAUAUAACAAGUCACUGAAAAUGCAAGCCCAAAAUUUUAAUAGAGUCAGUAAACUUCACUUGAUACAUCUGAAAUUGCUCAUUUUCUAUUCCUUUGCAUAUUGCAGAACCAGUUGUAAGUAAUUGAUUGUCAAUGAUCCAAGGGCCAUGCUAUGAGCAGAAAUGCUUCUAAAAGAAGGGAAAUGUAAACUAUUUCACAUUGCAAAUAUGAAAUAAAAAUUAGCUGAUAUAUCCUCAAAGUUAAUCACAGUUCUGACUUGUAUUAUAAAUUAGUUUCUGCAAUUUAUAAAUUUUAUAUGAACUGGAUUAUAUAGCAUGCAUCAUUUAAUUCAUUAUGGUCUUUAAAGCUCAUCACUAUUGCAUGUGAUAGAAGGUCCUUUAUUUUCAUUCUAUAUAGAAUUCCAUUAUAUGAUAACAUAAUUUAUGCAGUCUACUAUUGGACUUUUUCACUGUUUAAUAUAGGGGUAUAAUAAGUAAUUCUUCUGUGGAGAUAUUUGUCUCUUCAUUCAAGUACAUAUAUUCAUUUGCAUGUAUAUAAUCUUAGGAGUAGAAUUGCCAUGUCCUGGGACACAUGUAUGUU